GCACGAGUGCUCUGCUGCCGUACACCUGUAAGAUAAGGAUAGAGAGAGAAAGAAACAGCGAAACUUUAGAGAGAGAAAGUGCUUUCCAUUUUCUUUAGAGAGAGAAAGUGAGAAGAGCGAGGAGAUCUGAUCGAAAUUUCUCAAAAGGUUACCGAGAGCGCCAAGCCCUACUCUUCCUGUAAGCCCUAACUCUUAAACUCUCUCUUUCUUUCCCCUUCUCUCAUCCUAUCUUUCUUCGUUUAUGUCUGUAUUUGUGUGUGCGUUGGAGCUACGAUUGGUGGUUUUUGGGAAAAAGCCCUAAUUAGGUUUGUUCAUUCCUGUGGUGUGGGAAGGGAGAAAACAGUGUUCAUUUGUUUGUUUGUUUAUUUUUCGUUGGGUUGGUGAAAUUAGGGUUUUUUUGUGAUUCUUUGGUGGAGAGCAAAACCCUAGGGGUGAAGGGAUUAUUGCAAGAUUUCGGGACUUGUGCUUUGAGGAGGUUAGGGUUUUGAAUGUAUGGCUUCGGGGCCUAUAGUUGGAGAUGGGCCUAGAGAGAGGCAGAGGUACACGGAGAGCAAGGUCUAUACUAGAAAAUCUUUUAAAGGACUCAAGAAAAACGCUGCCACCGUCAUCGCCACCGACUCUGUGACUACAAACACCGCUGCGGCCACCACCAUCAACGAGGACGACGUCAACAACAACAACAAAGAUGAAAACAAUAAGGACUGUAACGACGACAAGGAGGUAAAUAGGGACAACAAUGAUAAGAACGAGAGUAAAGAGUCUGCUGGGCCACUGGAACCAACGGUGCUAGCACCGGAGGGCGGGAAUUUGACUCAAAAACAGCUCCUUUCAAGGCUUGAUGCGGUGUCCAAUGACUCGUCGAAUCUGAACCGGCAACAGGAGCAAGAAGUUGCAGUGCCGGGCACUCGGGAUGAGCCUUUGGGGAAUGGGGCGGUGAAGCCGGGAUUUGAGAAUAGGGUUAAGAUCCAUUUGGCGACAAGAUCGAAGCAAGAGAUGAGGGGGCUUCGGAGAAAGUUAGAGAGUGAGCUGGAUAUGGUCAGGAGUUUGGUGAAGAAGAUUGAAGGCAAGCAGGGACAAAUUGCUGGAUAUAGUCACUCUCAUAUGUUGACCAAUGAUGGGGUGGACAAUGGUGGCAGUGCAGCCAAGCGAGUUCACUCAGAGGUGGCUUCUAUUGGUGUCGGUGUCAGUGUCCCUCGUGAGGUGAACAGGCCUUUGCACCAAUUGAGUAUAUCAGUGUUGGAGAAUAGUCAGGGUGUGAGUGAAAAUAUGGAGAAAGAGAAGCGAACGCCAAAGGCAAACCAGUUUUAUCGAAAUUCGGAGUUUUUGCUUGCGAAAGACAAGUUUCCACCCGUAGAGAGUAACAAGAAGUCAAAAUCGAAUGGGAAGAAGCACGGUGGGGGAGAAUUGGGACAUAGGUUUUGGAUGGGUACCAAAUUUUUUAAGAGCUGCACUUCUUUGCUUGAGAAAUUGAUGAAGCACAAGCAUGGGUGGGUAUUUAAUACUCCUGUGGAUACAGAAGGUCUUGGCUUGCACGAUUAUUUUACCAUUAUCAGGCAUCCAAUGGACUUGGGUACAGUCAAAUCAAGACUGAACAAGAAUUGGUACAAGUCUCCAAAGGAAUUCGCGGAGGAUGUGAGACUUACGUUUCGUAAUGCUAUGACCUAUAACCCAAAGGGGCAAGACGUUCAUAUAAUGGCGGAGCAGCUGUUGAAGAUAUUUGAGGACAGGUGGGCUAUAAUAGAGUCUGAUUAUAAUCGAGAGAUGAGGUAUGCAAUGGAUUAUGGGGUGGGCCUUCCUACACCUAUGUCAAGAAAGGCUCCUCCAUUCCUACCUCCUCCUCUUGAUAUGAGAAGGAUUUUGGAUAGGUCAGAGUCUAUGACUAACCCCAUUGAUCCCAAGUUGAAGCCCAUAAGUAUUACUCCUUCGGCUCGGACCCCUGCUCCUAAGAAGCCUAAGGCGAAAGAUCCUCAUAAAAGGGAUAUGACUUAUGAUGAAAAACAGAAGCUGAGCACAAACCUUCAGAAUUUACCUUCAGAUAAGCUUGAUGCAAUUGUACAGAUUAUUAAGAAGAGGAACACAGGGCUAUGCCAAGAUGAUGAGGAGAUUGAAGUAGACAUUGAUAGUGUGGAUGCUGAGACUCUCUGGGAGCUUGAUAGGUUUGUAACUAACUAUAAGAAGAGGUUGAGCAAGCACAAGAGAAAAGCUGAACUUGCUAUUCAAGCCCGAGCAAAAGCCGAGCAGAGUGUCCAGGAGAAGAUUCAGAUGCCAGCUGUGGCAGAGGUACCAAAUGAAAACCAAGCAGAUGCAAGAAAUGUUCCCACUUUGUCACCCAUACAAGGGGAAAAACAAGUGGGCAAUGGGAGUAGGUCAAGUAGUUCAAGCAGCUCUAGCAGUGAUUCUGGAUCCUCUUCUAGUGACUCUGAUAGUGACACUUCAUCAGCAUCUGGAUCCGAUGUAGGGUCACCAAGGACCUAAGUGCAUUUUGUGUAGAUCCAUGAUUUUGGACUAGAUGAUCUGCCGUGCAGUAAUUGGAAGCUUUCGAGAUAAUGGAUUUGAAUCAGAUUUAGUGUACAGUGAAAGCAUUUUGAAGGCCAGAAGCCAUCUUUACCAUUGUGGGGGUGGGUUUGUAUUCCUUGAGGUUGCUAGAACUAUUGCUUCAUUAUCUACAACAUGUUGCUAUUCGUCUAGUCUCAAAUUUGUAUAAUAUUUGUAGAAUAUGUUGAAAGUUAGAUGUAGUGGGUUUGUUUUUGUGGAGCAUGUGUACAUUGCUAACUAACGCUGCUCAUCUAGAUUCAGCUACUUAUUUUCAGUUUAGUGCCGGUAGAGUCGGGAUUCUUUGGUGUUACACAAAAGACUUAUAUGUUGUUAUUGGAGUUGAUGAAGUCAUAAUUGCUCCA